AUGGACACGCCAGACUUGCAAAGCGCAGUAAACGGUAUCGAGAUGAUGCAGGAUGCCACUACUCCGGCGUCUGUCCAUGAUCAGACGCUCAUCCUGAUGGCACGCCUGAUGGAAGGCGGUCGCGAGGACGUUGAAACUUCCAAGGACCUCGACCAACUUACAAGGCUUCUCAACGAAGAUUUCGAGGCCAAGCAAAAGGACAAGAGCCACAAGAGCAUCUGCGAAGUCAUCGACGAUGACUGCGUCGACACGUUGCUGUGCUACCUUGACAUGAGGCAGGAAGAGUCGGUGCGUGGGCAUGCUAUUCUCACCACGUCGGCGUACCUCAAGACAGCCGGAGACGCCGGAUCAAAGUCUAUGUCGGCAUUCUUCUUUGACCGCGUCAAGAGGGGCACGUACGAUGACUACAUCGUUGCCUUCUCCGUUGCCGCCCAGACCUUCCCUAUCGUCCCCGACUUGACGGCCGACCUUUUCCUUAGCGAGGGCUUCCUUUCGUCCUUGGGGCCCCUGAUGGGCCGCAAGUGGAAGAGCCGCAAGGUCGAAACGGCUUGCCUCGAGAUGCUCAACGCCGCCUGCAUGAACGCGCGCUGCAGGGAGGCCAUCCAAAAGUACUGUGUUCAGUGGCUCGAGGAGGUCAUCGAGCAGGAACCCACCGAGGUGGUGCGUAGCAUGAAUCAAGAUCCCAACCUGCAUAGCGAAGGUGGCUCCAUCUCCAUGAGGCGCCAUUCAGAGCUGGUCCAGAACCUCGCGGCCGUCAUUCUAGCCAAACUGGGAGCAGUGCCGACAAAGCCAGAGGGGAAGAGAGAUCCAGGUGAACAUCCGAGGGUGGGGCCUGCCGUGUCGACCAUGGAGGAGCUGUCGGGGCUAUUCACGAAUAUGGUCAUGCGGGACGACGUGCAUGUGCGACAGCACUCAAUCGAGGGACUCGCCUAUUCCUCGCUUCAGGCACCCAUCAAGGAGAAAAUUGCGGGCGACAAGGACCUUCUGAAGCAGCUCGUCAAAAUCUUGUCCGACUCCCGCCCUCGAUCAGCAAUCACGUACGGAGUAUUGAGCAUCUUUUGCAACCUGACGAGGUUCCUGCCCGUCAUGACAGAGGAACAGAAAAAGAUGAAUCAGCUCAAGGCGUAUGCAGAUGCUGCGGGAAAGCUCUCUGGUCCCAGUCCUCUCGAUGAUAACGAGCAUGUGGCUAAGAGGUGCAAGGCCGUGUUCGACGCAGGUAUCACGCCAGUGUUGGUGACGCACGGCAAGCACGAUUCACCCGCGUCUCUCUCCCUCAUCACUGCCAUCCUGCACUCCCUAGCGGCCGAUAAGAAGCUGCGGGGCCAGCUUUCUCAGCAGGGGGCCGUCCGUCUUCUCCUCGCAGCAUCAGCAGGUCUACCAGAAACAGAAAGCGUUGCACGUCGCCAGGCAGCUCAAGCUCUCGCACGCAUCCUCAUCAGCACAAAUCCUGCCCUCGUCUUCGGAGGCAACCAAGCCACAUUUGCCCAGGCUGCCAUCAGACCCCUCGUAGCCAUUAUCCCCCCUGACCCCGCGUCCGAGGUGCGAGAUCUCCUCCCGACGUUUGAGAGCCUCAUGGCGCUCACCAAUCUAGCAUCCAUGGAUGACGACAACGUGCGCCAGGACAUUGUCCGCUUGUCCUGGCCUGACCUAGAGGAGCAACUCCUUUCGCCCAAUCAGCUCGUCUCCAAGGCAGCCGUCGAGCUCGUCUGCAACCUCAUGCAGUCCGGAGAGGCUAUCGCCCUCUACGCUGAUGGCAGCCCCAAGGCCAAGGCCCGUAUCAACGUCCUCCUGGCUCUCGCCGAUUCCGAGGAUGAGGGCACGCGCAGUGCGGCCGGAGGCGCUCUCGGUACCCUGACGGCCUACGACGAGGUCGUCCGCAGCAUCAUCGACCGCGAGCGAGGGCUCAAGGUCAUUCUGACCCUGUGCCUCGAUGACAACGAGGAUCUGCGCCACCGCGGCGUCUACAGUGUCUACAACAUGGUCUCCCUCGAGGAUGACAUUGGCAAUGAGGUCCGCGAAAAGGUCAAGGCCGAGGGAGGUCUCGAGGUCCUCAAAGAGUCUAUCAAGAAGAGUCGUCGACCUGAGGUUCUCAAGGUCGCGGUUACGGCCAUGAAAAAGAUCAUGGAUUAG